GCGACAGAGCUCUGCAGACAGGAAACACUCAACAACACAGAUAACACACACAGUGCAUCUGCGUUUGCUGUCAUUCUGUCUGCUGAUCUGACGCAUAUAACAAAACAUAUUUAGUCGUCUGAUAACAAAAUGAAGAUCGCGGCCUUCAACGGCAAAAACCUGGGAUGGAAAAAAGUCACAGACAAGGCGGUCGUUCACAUCCUCACCAAGAUCAUGUCUCAGUACAGUGUGGUGCUGCUGCUGGAGGUGAUGGAUACGAGCGGGAAAGCCAUGAAAAUGUUAUUGAAAGAGCUCAACAAAAUAAGCUCCAACAGAAAUAGUCCUUUCUCCAUGACCUCCAGUUGCAUGCUGGGACGCAACACCUACAAGGAGCGCUUCGUCUGUUUCUACAGGGAGAAGGAUGUGACUCUGGAGGAUUGUCAUCAGUAUGAAGACGUUCAGGUUGGAGAUGUUGACGCCUUCGCCAGAGAGCCGUUCAUCCUGCGCUUCAGCUGUCCCUCCACAGUGCUGAAGGACCUGGUUCUGAUCCCGGUUCACACCAAACCUGAUGACUCUCUGAAGGAACUGGACGAGCUGCACGACGUGGUCGACUCCAUCAGGGAGAAGUGGGGAACUGAUAACAUUAUGAUUCUGGGAGAUUUUAAUGCCGAUGGACGUUAUCUCUCCAAGAAGAAGAAGGACACGAUCCGUAUCUCCUCCGCUCCUUAUCAUUGGCUGAUAGACGAUGAUGUUGACACCACGAGUAGCAACAAUAAUGACCACACCUACGACAGGAUCGUGGUGUUCGGGGAGAGCAUGCUAAAAGCCAUUGUAACUGGAUCAGCCAAACCCUUCAACUUCCAGAGAGAGUUCCACCUGACGGACGAAGAAACUCUGAGUGUCAGUGAUCACUACCCCGUGGAGGUGGAGCUGAAGCAGAAAGCAGCGAGAAAAAGAAAAAGAAAGGCACCACCCGCCAAAGGACAAACUCACAAGAAAGGACCACAGAAGAAGAAGGCAGAGCUGGUAGCACCACAGAAGAAGAAGAAGAAGAAGAAGGCAGAUCCGGAAGCACCACAGAAGAAGAAGAAGAAGAAGAAGGCAGAUCUGGUAGCACCACAGAAGAAGAAGAAGGCAGAUCCGGUAGCACCACAGACGAAGAAGAAGCCAUCGAACACACUGACCAAGAGGAGACGUUUAGACAAAUGAACCUCAAAUAGACUUUCAGACAUAAUUUUGUCUUCCGUAUUUGAAAUAUUUUUCACAUUUAAAUAACCUCAUUGAGGAAGAAAGACUCCAUCUACUCAAACAUGUGAUUAAAUUAUUUCUCUGAUGUGUUUUAGCUUCACUGUGCAGGAAGCUUAGUUAGACUUGUUGGUGGCAAAAAGAGAGAAAAUGUGACUUGGACAAAAAUACUCCUAAUGAAUGAUUGUCUUGCUCUGUAACUGCUCGAUGAAGAUAUAAGAAACUAGUCAUAUCAACUUAAAAUGUGAUUACAUGUCAGUGCUUAUGUCUUAGCCCUCCACCAAGUCCAACCCGACCAAAGCUCAAUUCAAUCAUUCAUGUGCAAUAUCAUAUUUCGAUGUAACUAUUAAUAUUAUCUAUUUGAGAUUUUACUUAUUUAUUAUAUCAUGCCUUUCUCCGAUUCGACUUGUUGUUCCUUUAAUGCUGUAACACUGCAAAUGACCCCACUGUGGAAUCAUAAAAGAUUAUCUUAUCUCAAA